UAAGAAUAGAGGAGAAGAGGAGUGAAGACACUUGAUAUUUUUUGAAAUUUACACACAACUUGGCUGAAAUAAGGAAACCAAAUAGGAUGAUAGAAUAUUAAGGUUAAGAUUCAGAUAUUCUCUGAGAUGGAAGCCGAUGUUUCCAUUUCUCUAUCCAAUUCCGAACCCUAACUUUUUCACCCUCACAUCACAGACCAAUACAUAUCUUCUCUUCUCUUCUCUUCUCUUCUCUCCCUUUCAUCUAGUCUCUUGAGUCGUAAUUUGCGUUGAAUUUUUUUGUUUGGGACUAUGGAUUUGGUGCUGCUCUUCUUGCUCUUUCUCUUCAGUGGCUUCCCCUUCUCCAUGACUCUUGCCAAUGUAGUCCUGCUUGGGAAGAAUGUCACUCUUUCUUUUGGGGACAUUGAAGCCAAUUUCGCUCCUGCAAUAAAAGGUUCUGGGGAAUGUGGAAUUCUAUAUUUGGCAGAGCCUCUGAAUGCCUGCUCACCAUUGAGUAAUAAAGUUCAAUCCAUUAACACUAGCUCUCCAUUUGUGCUGAUCGUCAGAGGAGGUUGCAGUUUCGAGGAUAAAGUUCGAACAGCUCAAAAAGCGGGAUUCAAAGCUGCAGUUAUCUAUGACAAUGAAGAUGGUGGCGUCUUAGUUGCAAUGGCCGGAAAUUCGGCUGGUAUAAAAGUUCACGCUGUCUUUGUUUCCAAAGCUUCUGGUGAGAAACUAAAGAGAUAUGCUGGACAUACAGAUAUGGAGUUGUGGCUAAUCCCAAGUUUUGAGAAUUCAGCAUGGUCAAUUAUGGCAAUAUCCUUCAUUUCCCUGCUAGCAAUGUCUGCGGUGCUGGCUACUUGUUUCUUUGUUCGCAGGCAUCGAAUACGACGAGAACGACCUCGAGCUUCUCGUGUCCGAGAAUUUCAUGGGAUGAGCAGUCGGUUGGUGAAAGCAAUGCCAAGUUUGAUAUUUACUGCUGUUUCAGAAGAUAAUUGCACCUCAGCAACAUGUGCCAUUUGUCUUGAAGACUACAGUGUUGGAGAGAAGCUGAGGAUUCUUCCAUGUCGUCACAAAUUUCAUGCAUUUUGUGUGGAUUCCUGGCUUACGUCCUGGAGGACUUUCUGCCCAGUUUGCAAACGCGAUGCAAGAACUAGCACAGGCAAUCCACCAGCUUCAGAAUCUACGCCGCUGCUUUCAUCCAGCCAAGCUUCUUUUGCUUCCUCAUCUGUACUGUCAUCAAUGAGAUCAUCUUUGGCAUCCUCAUCUGCCAUUCAAAUUGGCCCAUCAACGUCGCGCUCCCCUUCUCUUUCUCAUCCUCACUCUCUUGCAAGUGCUUCCUAUUUUCAGCAGUCUCUUAGGUCCUAUCGCCAAUCCCCCUCGUUGGGUGUAAGCAGAAGCUCAAUGGAUCUCCAGAAUGCAUCUUCCCAAAGAUCCCAUGCUUAUUUGAUUUCAGGCCAUUCCUUGGGUUUCCCUUCGUUAUCACCCCUUAACUCAAGAUACUUGUCCUCGCACAUUGCAAGCCCCAGCAAUGCCUCACCACCCUUUGUGAGUUCUUCUACUUAUCAGCAGAAUCCAUUGCAUUGUAGCGAGUCUGCUGCAAGUUUCUCUCCUUUUGCUUCUGCACAAUCCCUACCUGAAUGUUGAAUCAGACUUUAUCCUGUGAUAAGUAAACUAUUGGGCAUGGUCGAGUCAGUAAAAUUAAGUGAGCAAACGUUUGUGAAUUUUUCUGGGAAACACUGACAGAAAGGAAAAGAAGACAGUUACCAAGUCACCUGUGCUCCAUACCACCCCUUACUUGCGCAUGGUUGGGUUACAUCUAAUUCAGUGGCUGGUUCAUGGUGAACUCUGCAGGGAAAGGUAUGUUCUUGUCGACUCGUGUGUAUAUUAGAAUAGUAGUGUGACAUUGGUAUUUAAUUCUGGUUCUUUGGACGAAUGUAUGUCAGAAACACAACGAAGAAAAUCUCCGAAUGUAACGUGAUGCAUUGGUUUUGUUAAUAUUGAUGUUUUGAUCGUGUUUCAAUUGUUAAUGUUAAAAAUUUCGUGUUAAGCAGA